AUGACGGCCGCACAAUCCCUCCCGCGCUUCCUCCUCCCCCGGCUUAGCUGGACCGGCCCAAGCGGCAGCAUCACCGGAGCUUCGGCCGCGCUGCUCCAGCAAGCCAGAGACAGCAGCAACGCCUCCCUUUCUCGACAACCACCUCACAAGAGAACAUACCACACCUCCGGCUCCUCAAAAGGGACACCUACUACUAUCCCAAAGCGCAGUCUCACCGCGCACUUCCGCGCCAGCCCACCAUGUUUCUCUCAGAACCAGGGACGCCCCUUUUCCACGACCCCCUCCCGCCAGCGUGAUCACCACUUUGACACCCUCCGCUUUGUCCAGCGGCUGCAGGAAGAAGGUUUCACGGAGGAGCAAGCAGUGGCCAUGAUGAAGGUUCUGAACGAUGUUAUUGAAGAGAGCAUCCAAAACCUCACCCGUACCAUGGUCCCCCGCGAAGAAGCAGCCAAAACAACCUACACCCAAAAAGUAGACUUUGCCAAGCUCCGCUCGGAGCUCCUGUCAGCCGACUCGACCGAGUCCAACACCACGCGGGCCGCGCACGAGAGGUUGACGAAUGACAUCGCCAAGCUGAGCUCGAGACUGCGGGACGAGAUUGGUCGCACGCAGGCGAGCGUGAGGCUGGACUUGAACUUGGAGAAGGGGAGGAUAAGGGAGGAGGCGGUGAGUCAGGAGUUGAAGAUUAAGGAGACGGAGACGAAGAUUGAGCAGGAGGUUGCGGCGUUGAGGCAGCAGUUGGAGCAGGUCAAGUUUCAGACUUUGCAGUGGUUGAUGGGGGUAUGCACGGGGUUUGCGGCGUUGAUGUUGGGUGCUUGGAGGUUGUUGAUGUAA